UGUAUCAAACGUUUUGACAGGUAAACAAUUAGCACUUUCGCGGUUACUGAAAGCAGUCAUGACUACGCUAGAAGACAAAAUUCUGGGUGAGAAAGUUCACUGCUACUGCAGCAGUAGUGAAAGUGAUGAAGAGAAGUCAGAAGAUGAGAGUGAAACACCUAACGCCGCAGCGGGCGCUGAAGGAAAGUCAUCGGAUGUACCUCCGCCUGACCCAUACAAAUGGGAGGGAUAUUCCACAAACACCGGCCCUAAAGGAGUGGUUCAGGAUUGGCGGCGAUAUAAACAACUGGAGAUUGAGAAGCGCGCCGAACAAGAAAAGGAGCGGUUGGAUCUGAUAAAAAAACUUUCCUUGACGUGUAGAUCAGCAUUAGAUGAAGAGAGAGACAAAAACAAUGAGGAGCUAGAUCCCGAACUUGCAGAGCUUUUGAAUGACGAGAACAUUUUACUUGAAUAUCAGAAACAAAGGAUGCAAGAAAUGAUGCAGCAGAUAAGUUCGCUUCCAAGAUUUGGCAAAGUUAUAGCUUUGACCAGUGGAGAAGAAUUCCUUGAUGCAAUAGAUAAAGAACAUAAAUCUGUCACUAUCGUCGUCCAUAUAUAUGAAGACCACGUACCAGCAUGUGAAGCAAUGAAUGGCUGUCUUUUGAAUUUAUGCCAGGAAUAUGCAAAUGUUAAAUUUUGCAAAGUUAUUGGAUCAGCUGCUGGUGUCAGCAAACGUUUCAAAAUCAAUGGAGUGCCUGCAUUAUUGGUUUAUAAAGGUGGCCAGUUGGUAGGAAACUUUGUGCGUGUCAGUGAGGAGUUAGGCGAUGAUUUUUUUAUGGAAGACGUCGAGAGUUUUCUUCUUCAGCACGGCAUGCUUCCUGACAAAUCAUGUGUACCUGCAAUUAUAAGGCAACAGAAAGAUGAUGAUGACGAUGGUAAUGCUAGUGACCUUAGUUUAGAGUAACAAGUAUUCCAAGAAACUGUUGAAGCUAACUAUUUUAUCAAAAAACUUUUAUGAGUGCAGUUUGUAAGUAUUUCUAAAGUCACUAUAUGUUAUGUUAACACAAUUUAAAAAUUGUUAUAGUUGAUGCUCUUAAUGUGAAAUUAUAUAUAUAUAUAUCUAUAUGUGUGUGUGUGUGUGUAUCCUAAAAGCAAUGAGAUAUAAUGUAGUGCUUUAGAAGCUACUGUUAAAAAUAUAUUUGUAAUCCAUAAAAUUU